UUAUUGUUAUUAUAAAAAUAAUUUGUAAUAUCAAAAGAGAUAAGAACUAUAUAUUUUUUAAUAUAAAUAAAUAUUUAUUAAUUUUAUUCAAUAAAUUUCUUCAAUAAACAAUAUUUCCCAAAUAGGGAAAGAAAAAGAGAGAAAGAGAGAAAAAGGUUAUGUUAUUAUGUAAGAAGAAGAUACUAAAUCGAGUUUAACAUAUGUAUUCUGAAUUGGAUACUAUGUCGAAGGACUAUGGAAGAUAAAGAAGCUCGUUUAAUCCGGUGUAAAACAAUAAUAGUUAAGUACGUGGUUGUUAUUAAUUUGGUGAUUUGUUAGCAAUAAUGCGAAAAAAACUAUCACAAUACGCCCACACGUCUGUUGAAUGCCGAUAACACGUUUACGACAGAUCUUCAUAUUGAAACCGCAUGUACAUAAUUAGUACACGUUUACAAUAUGAGUAUUCUUCGAAAGAAGUUAAACGACUUCGAUGAUGUUCUUAUUGCGGACGAGAUUGAUUUGACAAGUUUACGUCGAAUAUGUUUUCAUGGAAUACCAGAUGAAGGCGGCUUGAGACCGUUAUGUUGGAAACUUCUGCUGAAUUAUUUACCUCCAAACAGAGUUAGCUGGUCUGAAACACUAACGCGCAAGAGAGAACUUUAUAAAACAUUUAUUGAGGAUCUUAUCGUAACUCCAGGAGAAACUAAUGUCGAUGGUGAAAGAGUGGAUGUAACAUUACAUGAUCAUCCUUUAAAUUUGAAUCCAGAUAGCAAGUGGCAAACAUAUUUUAAAGAUAAUGAAGUUUUGUUGCAAAUAGAUAAAGACGUUAGGAGAUUAUGUCCAGAUAUAUCGUUCUUCCAACAAGGAACCGAUUAUCCUUGUCAAGAAAUAGUCAAUGACAGCGGACAAAAGCGUUUACAUCAUAGAGUACAGCAUACAGUUCUUAGAAGUGCCAAUGUGGAAAGAAAAGGUCUUGGAGUGACUAAAAUAGCGGUAUCCGUUAGAAAAGCUGCAGAAGACUAUGCACCAUUAGCUGAAGGUGGAGAGGCUCAUUGGGAAGUUUUGGAGAGAAUAUUGUUCCUAUAUGCAAAACUAAAUCCAGGACAAGGAUACGUACAGGGUAUGAACGAGAUUGUUGGUCCUAUUUAUCAUACAUUCGCUUGUGAUCCAGAUCAAAAAUGGCGAGAACAUGCUGAGGCUGAUACAUUUUUCUGCUUCACUAACUUGAUGGGAGAAAUACGUGACUUUUUCAUUAAAUCCUUAGACGAAGCAGAAUUUGGUAUCAAUUCGAUGAUGAGUAAAUUGACUUCGCAAGUUAAGGCCAAUGAUCCUGAGAUUUGGAUACGACUGCAUCAACAAGAGUUAUGUCCUCAGUAUUACAGCUUUAGAUGGCUCACUCUUCUUCUUUCACAAGAAUUUCCAUUACCUGAUGUCAUGAGAAUCUGGGAUUCCCUUUUUGCCGAUGAGAGUAGAUUCAGUUUUUUAAUACAUAUAUGCUGUGCAAUGAUUUUAUUAUUGCGGGACCAACUUUUGGCUGGUGAUUUUGCAACGAAUGUAAAACUCUUGCAAAAUUUUCCAUCGAUGGACAUUCAAAUUGUACUUUCCAAAGCAGCUGCAUUAGCUGGCAAGACCCUAAAUUCUCCUUAACAAAUUAUCAUCUUAAUGCCCUCGUGAAUUCGUGAUUAGAUUCAGGUAAAACAACGAGAGGUGCAUUUUUCUAUCAAAUUGUUUCUUCCUAUUCAAAAUAUUAUUGUUAAUUAUAUUGUUAUAUGUCGACUAUUAUAUGCAUAUAUAUACAUACACACAUAUGUAUACAUAUACAUAUACAUAUACAUAUACAUAUAGAUAUACGUAUACAGUAAUACGGAAAUUAUGAUCGUUUGAAGAGAUCAAAUCGAGAAACUCGUUAAACGAGAUACAUAAUAUACAUAUAUAGCGUUUAUGUAUGUAUAUAACAUUUCAUUCUAUUCGAUGGGAAAGAGAUCAUGAUAAUUAUAAGAAGUCAAACAUUUACGUUUAGGGCAUUUUGCGAUUAAUCGCAACGUUUCUGUCCAUGGAAAUCAUUUAAUAACGAGAUAAGAGUAGUGAUACGGCAACAAACGUUGUUUUAUAAUAAUCUAAAAACAAACGUUACACGAAAUACACGUUAUCAACGGUCUGAUCUUGUAUACAUUUUUCUAACGAUUAGACUGCAGUAGAAGAUAUUGCCAUGUGCGCGUGCAAUAAGUACGUAAUGCGUUUCAUUGGAAUAUUAUAUUUUGUACGUCUUAUUUUUCUAAUGAUCUGCGGUCAUUCGUCCUACGUUUAUAAAAUAAACAAUGUUAUAUUUGCA